GACGUCUCUUUCGUCCGUCCCUAGUCAGUCCUCCGUGCGCCCACAAUCCUUUGCGUUUCCCGUUCCGCCUCGCCGGCCAAGAUGGCGCCGGUGUUGCUGCUGAGGGCGACUUCUGUCCCGCCCGGGAGAAGCCCGCUGCUCCUGCUCCUCCUCCGCGCGCGGCCCAGGACGCAGGUGCCACCAGCAUUAAGCCGACUUCUGUGGCAGAGUUCAGGGAGAUGCUAUUCAAGGCCGCUCUUGGAUGCUGCAAAGAACCUCCAAGGAUGGUCUCAGAUAGACAAAAGGACGUGUUGGCAUGGACAUGCUGGUGGAGGACUCCAUUCGGAUCCAAAGCAAGGGUUGAAAGAAAUAGAUGCCCGGAAGAUCCUCAAAGCAAUGCUCUCGUACGUGUGGCCCAAGGAUAGGCCUGACCUACGUGCCCGCGUUGCCAUUUCCCUGGGAUUUUUAGCGGGAGCAAAGGCCAUGAAUAUAGUAGUACCCUUCAUGUUUAAAUACGCCGUUGACAACCUCAACCAGAUGUCUGGAAAUGUGCUGAACCUGAGCGAUGCACCAAAUACCGUCACAACUAUGGCAACAGCGGUUCUGAUUGGAUACGGCAUCUCGCGGGCCGGCUCUGCCUUGUUUAAUGAAGCCAGGAAUGCUGUUUUUGGGAAGGUUGCCCAAAACUCUAUCCGAAGGAUAGCCCGGAAUGUCUUUCUCCACCUGCACAACCUGGACCUGAGUUUCCACCUGAACCGGCAGACGGGCGCCUUGUCCAAAGCCAUUGACCGGGGGACCAGGGGCAUCAGCUUCAUCCUCAGUGCCUUGGUCUUCAACCUGGGGCCCACCUUGUUCGAAGUGGGCCUCGUCAGCGGGAUUUUAUAUUACAAGUGUGGGGGCCCCUUUGCAGCAAUAACCCUGGGGACACUAGGGACGUACAUAGCGUUCACGAUAGGCGUCACGCAAUGGAGGACUAAAUUUAGGAUAGAAAUGAACAAAGCCGAUAACGAUGCGGGUAAUGCUGCCAUCGACUCGCUGCUGAAUUAUGAAACUGUGAAGUAUUUCAAUAAUGAAAAAUACGAAGCCCAAAGGUAUGACGGGUAUUUGAAGACCUACGAAAACGCCUCCCUGAAGACUACCUCGACCUUAGCUCUGCUUAACUUUGGACAGAACACCAUCUUCAGCAUUGGCUUAACGGCCGCCAUGGUCUUGGCCAGCCAGGGGAUUAUUGCAGGCAACCUCACCGUUGGGGACCUGGUGAUGGUGAAUGGGCUGCUGUUCCAGCUGUCGUUGCCCCUGAACUUCCUGGGGACGGUGUACAGGGAGACGAGGCAGGCCCUCAUCGACAUGAACACCUUGUUCACGCUGCUGAGCGUCGACACCAAAAUUAAAGAUAAAGAGUUGGCUCCAGCCCUGCAGACCACGCCGCAGACGGCCACCGUCGCCUUUGAUAAUGUGCAUUUUGAGUACCUUGAGGGGCAGAGGGUCCUCAAUGGCGUCUCUUUUGAAGUCCCCGCCGGAAAGAAAGUAGCCAUUGUAGGAGGCAGUGGCUCUGGGAAAAGCACAAUAGUAAGAUUGCUAUUCCGUUUCUAUGAACCUCAGAAAGGCGGGAUUUAUGUCUCUGGCCAGAACAUACAAAGCGUCAGCUUGGAAAGCCUCCGGAAAGCCAUCGGAGUUGUACCUCAGGACCCCGUCCUCUUCCACAACACCAUUUUCUACAACCUCUCCUAUGGCAACAUCAGCGCCUCGGCCGAGGAGGUCCAUGCAGUGGCAAAGCUGGCCGGCAUCCAUGAUGCCAUUCUCAGGAUGCCCCGUGGCUACGACACGCAGGUGGGCGAGCGCGGCCUGAAGCUGUCAGGAGGAGAAAAACAGAGAAUUGCUAUCGCCCGAGCCAUGCUGAAGAAUCCUGCCAUUAUUCUCUAUGACGAAGCAACGUCGUCUUUAGAUUCAAUUACAGAAGAGAACAUUUUGAACGCCAUGAAAGAUAUGGUCCAAAACAGAACCUCCAUCUUCAUUGCACACAGACUGUCGACGGUGGUUGAUGCGGAUGAGAUCAUUGUCCUGGACCAGGGCCAGGUGGCGGAGCGUGGCAAGCACAUGGACCUGCUGCUGCGCCCCGGCAGCCUCUACUACGAGAUGUGGCACACGCAGAGCAGCCGGAUGCUGAGCCGGGACCCCCAGGAGCGGUGGGAGGAGCGGGGCGGCCUCACCUCCAAGGAGGAGGACCGCCGGAAGCUGCAGGAGGAGAUCAUCAACAGCGUCAAGGGCUGCGGCAACUGCUCCUGUUGAGACGGGAGAUGCUCAUCGCGGCACACGUUUGCACUGGAACCCCUUUUCUACAUCCUACGGAAUUGAACGAUGCAGUAUUUUAAAAGCCUUGUUUAAAGGCGGCUUCUCCAAGGAGCGCGAUUUCUCGAACCAAAGGAUUUUGCAAGUACCUCUCAGCUGCUCGACUGGAAGUAUCUCAGAAUAACCCAAUUAACCAAUGGACACUUUUUCCUCCCAGAAAUGAGUUUGUGACAUGACAUACACAAACACAUCUCUCUCCCCGCCAUUUGACCAAAAUGGCAUGAUCCGAGGGAUGCUGUUGAGGGGUUUAUCCUGGUGGGUUUUACAGAGGUGUUUUUCUACAUAUCCCUUUAACCAGAGCUGGUUAAUUCACACGUGUGGGUGUCCUAAUGGGAGAAACAAAACAGUUGCCCUUCUUAAAUAACUUGUGUUUGAUAGAUUUUAUAUCUCCUUUUAUAAAGGACAAGCAGCGAAGGGAUUUUGGCUCAGGUGCUCAAGGCAGCUCCUCGUUUGACCCAUAAAGUCAUUCACUUUCUGAGAACUGAAAUUAACAGGAGUGUGUACUUGAUGGGAACACCUCCGGAGGGCAAAUAAGUAAAGAUUAGUGUGCUUUCUGGCAUCCAUAGAAAUAGGUAAGGGAAAUGUUCUGCCAAAUUUGAAAGAGAAUCCAGGAUGUGUUGUUGAAGGCUUUCAUGGCCAGAAUCACUGCGUUGCUGUGAGUUUUCCAGGCUGUGUGGCCAUGUUCCAGAAGCAUUCUUUCCUGACGUUUCGCCCACUUCUGUGGCAGGCACCCUCAGAGACGCUGAAGUCUGUUGGAAACUUGGCAAGUGCAGUUUCUAUAUCUGUGGAACGAUGUCCAGGGUGGGAGAAAUAAUUCUAGUCUGCGUGAGGCAAGUGUGAAUGUUUCAAUUGGCCACCUUGUUUAGCAUUGAAUGGCUUUUUCAGCUUCAAAGCCUGGCUGUUUCCUGCCUGGGGAAUCCUUUGUUGGGAGGUGUUAACUGGCCCUGGUUGUUUCAUGUCUGGAAUUCCUCUGUUUUUUGAAAUCUGGUUCCCAGUAUAAAUAAUAAUAAUAACAACAACAACUUUAUUCUUAUACCCUGCCCCAUCUCUCCGAAGGGACUUGGGGCGGCUUACAUGGGGCCAAGCCCGGAACAACAAUAUAAAAACAAAAGCAAACAGUAAAAACAAAUCAAUCAAAAAUAAAAAAAUCUAAAAUCAGGACAGUAAAAAAAAAGAAAACAGGAGGAUUGCAGACAGGAAAUAAUCUGGACCAGCAAACACCUCCCAACAAAGGAUUCCCCAUGCAGCACAUGCCAGGCUUUGAAGCUGCAAGGCCAUUCAGUGCUAAUCAAGCUGGCCAAUGGCAACAUUCCCACUUGCCUCAAGCAGACAAGGAGUCCCCCAGGCAGGAAACAGCCAGGCUUUGAAAUUGCAAGACUAUUCAUUGCUAAUCAAGGUGGCCAAAUGAAAGAUUCACACUCACCACAGGCAGACAAGAGUUCUUUCUUUCUCCAACCCUGGACAUCAUUCUACAUGUAUGUAUGUAUAUAUAUGUAUAUGUGUGUGUGUAUAUGCCACUUGCCUAGUUUCCAACAGACCUCACAACUUCUCCAGAUGCCUGCCAUAGAUGUGGGCGAAACGUCAGGAAAGAAUGCUUCCAGAACAUGGCCGUACAGCUCUGAAAACAUUCAGCAACCCAGAAUCCAGGAUAAUGUUCUGAGAAUGACAACUUUCACAGAAUCCAGAUUUCUGGGUUGGAAAAAGUCAAGCAAAAUUUGGGAUUCCUGUCGAUUGGACCCUGAUUCUGUUGAAUGAGUUGGUGAAGGAAAUGUUACUCGUUUGAAAAUGGAAAACACUGGUUUCAUAAAAUGGCCUUGAUUAAAAAUCACCAGUUCAAGGAUAAGUGUCCUCCCGGCUGUGUGCACAAAGCGGAGUCUUGCGAGUCUAUGGCGACAGUUCCAAAUGGCUUUUCAUUUCAGGCCCGAUUUUCUCAUACUCCCUUAACCGGGUGGUUCGGUGUCACCCCCUCGAGAUUCGCACAAGUUGCCAAAAGGAAAGAAAGACAAAGCUCUCUCUUUCUUCCUUUGACAGGAGCAGCUGAUGCAGAGUUUUCUGUCAUUCCUCCCUCUGUUCUUUGUGGGAGUUUGAGAGAACAUCGCAUCAGCCUCUCCUCCUGCGUAUAGAGAAAUUGUGUACAUAUCUUCCAUUUUGCCAUAUUUGUGUCACUUCUUUCUACGGUUUUUGGACCUCCGAAAAACCCUAAAAUUACAGCUGAUUUCAGUUGCCAUAAAAGCAAAUUAGUUUCAGAUUUAUUUUCUGAAACGCAGAAACUGUGUUAUUUCACCCUUUAUUUUACUGUCCAGAAUGGCCAUCCCAAGCCUCAAGGAUAUAUGUUAUCCAAGGCUUUCAUGGCCAAAAUCACUGGGUUGCUGCGAGUUUUCCGGGCUGUAUGGCUAUGUUCCAGAAGCAUUCUCUUCUGACGUUUUGCAAGUGGGGUUUAUAUAUGUGUGGAAUGUCCAGGGUGGGAGAAAAAACUUUUGUCUACUUGAGGCAAGUGUGAAUGUUGCAAUUGGUCACCUUGGCCUUUCAUCUUCAAAGCCUGGCUGCUUCCUGCCUGGGGAACCCUUUGUUAGGAGGUGUUAGCUGGCCCUGAUUGUUUCAUGUCUGGAAUUCCUCUGUUUUCUGAAAUUUAACUCCAGUAUUAAAAAAAAUUCUAAAAUCAGGACUGUAAAAAAAAAAAAAGAACAACACUCAGAAAACAAGGGAAUUGCAGACAGGAAAUAAUCUGGACCAGUAAACACCUCCCAACAAAGGAUUCCCCCAUGCAGCAACAGCCAGGCUUUGAAGCUGCAAGGCCAUUCUAUUCUAAUCAAGCUGGCCAAUGGCAACAUUCACACUUGCCUCCAGCAGAGAAGAAUUUUUUCUCCCACCCUGGACAUCAUUCCACAGAUAUAUAAACCCUACUUGCCUCAUUUCCAACAGACCUCACAACCUCUGGGGAUGCCUGCCACAGAUGUGGGCAAAAUGUCAGGAGAGAAUGCUUCUGGAACAUGGCCAUACAGCCCGGAAAAUUCACAGCACAACUUAAGGAUAUAUUUUGCCCCAGCACACAUCAGUUCCAACUAUCAGUGGCCCUGCUGGCUGGGGAUGAUGAGAAUUACAGCCAGACGCAUCUCAAUUCAAGUGUUUGGCUGUGUUUUGCAGCACCAAAUUGGCACAUUUCCUUUUUAUUUGGUUCCGAUGCACAGUGAAUUCUUUUCUAUUCAUUAGCCUUAUUCCCUGAUGUGAAGAAACUUUUCUCAUCAUUUCACAUUACACUGGCCAUCAUGUUUAUUUCAAACAUACUUAACACCUUCCAUUGGGUGGAGAAGGUUAUUUGCACAUUCAAUUUGAUUUGGACUUUGGGGAAUAACUAGAAAGCGAGGGAACUAUCCCAAUCCAUCAACCUUGACUCUGAAAAUCUCAAUUUCUUAACGUCUUUGGAGGGGGGGGGGAGUUGUUUAACUUAAAUGUUCUUGUCCCUUGUAUAAUGUUAUUGUAUAGAAAAUCGUUCUGAAAUCAGUAAAGUUUAUUUUCAUUGAAAA